UUGACGGUGCACAAACAAAGACUCCUUGUGAGAAUCUAAUAGAGGCCACAGGGUCACAAUGCAUACACAUAAUCUUGCAAAUUUUCAUCAUCGCUUCUCCUACAAUCAAUCAAUCAUGUCAUCUCAUCAUCACUCACUUCUUUCUUUUGCUGCAUUGGCAACUACAUUCUCCAUUGUCUUGCUUUGUAUUUUCUCUCACGUUGAGGCUCUCAAUGAAGGCUUUAGCGUGGAUCUCAUCCACCGCGACUCCCCCAAGUCUCCCUUCUACAACCCUUCAGAAACUCAUUCGCAGCGUGUAGCAAAGGCCUUGCGCCGUUCCAUUAACCGUGUCAACAGUUUUAAGCCAACUUCUUCAGUCUCUCCCAAUUCACUCCAAACAGACAUUUUCUCAGAUAUUGGCAGCGGCGAAUACCUUAUGAAGUACUUUGUUGGCACGCCACCAGUCCCAAUACUAGGCGUUGCCGACACGGGUAGUGAUUUGAUUUGGUUACAAUGCAAGCCUUGCACUGAGUGCUACAAUCAAACAGCUCCAUUUUUUGAUCCUGAAAAGUCCACAACCUACAGAAGAAUUUCCUGCACUUCCUCGCAAUGUGAGUCUCUAGAUUAUAUAGAUACCUCAUGCUCAAAAGAUAGAACAAGUUGCCAAUAUUCAGCGAAUUAUGGGGAUAAAUCAUUCUCAAAGGGAGACCUUGCUGUUGACACUCUCACUCUGAAUUCAACUUCAAGCCGCCCUGUGCCUCUCCCAAAAACUGUCAUAGGGUGUGGACUCAAUAAUAGUUUAACCUCUGGAGUCACAGGUUCCGGCAUUGUUGGGCUUGGAGGCGGCUCGAAAUCCCUUGUUUCCCAAUUGCAUUCUUCUAUUGGUGGUAAGUUCUCCUACUGCUUGGUGCCAUUUAUUUAUUCCGAAGACAAUACCUCAAGCAAAUUGAAUUUCGGUAGUCAUGCCGUGGUUUCGGGCUUUGGAACCGUGUCUACUCCCUUAGUACGCCACAAACGCCCACACACCUACUACUACCUAACACUCGAAGCAAUGAGUGUUGGCAACAAAAGAUUGGAGCUAAGUAGUUCUUCUGCCUCUGGAGGCUCAAAGGGCAAUAUUAUCAUUGAUUCAGGUUCCACAUUCACAUAUUUCCCAGCAGAGUUCUACUCCAAGUUCGAAGCAGCAGUAGCAGAAGAAAUUAAUUUUCAGUGCAUUGAUGACCCAAGUCACGCUCUUAGUCUUUGCUACAGUAAUUCAAAUGAUAUACGUGUUCCAGGUAUCACAGCACAUUUUAGCGGUGCAGAUGUGAAGCUGAAUCCAAACACCACCUUCUAUCAAACUACUGAUGAUAUUUUGUGCUUAGCUUUCGCUGCUGAAGAACCAUCCAUCUUCGGUAACUUGGCCCAGUCCAACUUGUUGGUAGGCUAUGACCUAGUGGAGAAAACAAUAUCUUUCAAGCCAACGGAUUGCACCAAGCUCUAAGCUGAAAAUUAAAAUGCAUGCAUGUAUCUUUAUAUAUUUAUAUCGUAAUUUUAAUUAGCAUGCAUUUCUUGGCUUUUGUUGGA